GCGCCUCGCCACCUCCCGCGGCAGAGCCAGAGCUGCGCGGUCCGGAGCGCGGCGGCGGCGGCGGCGGCGGCUGCGGCGGCGCUGGAGUAUCUGCCCCGCAAGCCGGGGAGAGGGGUGAGCGAGCGCGCUCCUCCUCCCGCGCCUUCCGCCCCCUCUCUCCCCCUCUCCCCUCUGCUCGCUUUCCCUUCCCUCCCUUCUUCUCUUUUCCUUCUUUCUUUUCGCGUCCCCCCCUUCCCCUUUUCUCUCUCCCUGUCCAUUCGUUUGUAAAUUCCCGUUUUCUGCCCCCUCAAUCGCUCUCCCACUCCCCCCUCCCCUCCCCACUGUCACUCUCUCUCUGCCCCCCUCUCUCCUCUCAUUUGCCUGUUCAUCUCCAAACGUGGAUCCGCGGCUCCCGGAGGAGCCCAGCGCCCGGAUACCGCGCGCCCGGGGCACCUGGAGUCCGGCCGGCGGCGGCCCGAGCCUGGCCAGCGGCGGCGGCGGCGCGAGCGGCGGGAGCCGAGGGAGCGGCAGCCCCGACCGCGGGCACCGCGGGAGCUCCGGUGGCAGCGGCCGCUGCCGAGAUGUCCCGGCGAAAGCAGAGCAAACCCCGGCAGAUCAAACGGCCGCUAGAAGAUGCCAUUGAGGAAGAAGAAGAGUAUCCAUCAGAGGAAACGGACAUCGUCUCAAAGGGGGACUUUCCAUUGGAGGAGAGCUUUUCCACAGAAUUGGGGCCUGAAAAUCUGAGCUGUGAAGAAGUGGAAUACUUUUGUAACAAAGGCGAUGAUGAAGGAGUCCAGGAGACGGCUGAAUCAGAUGGGGACACACAGUCAGAGAAACCAGGACAAACUGGAGUUGAGGCAGAUGACUGGGAUGGACCAGGAGAGCUGGAGGUGUUUCAGAAAGACGGGGAACGAAAAAUUCAGAGUCGGCAGCAACUUCCUGUGGGAACAACCUGGGGGCCAUUUGCUGGGAAGAUGGACCUGAAUAAUAAUUCCUUGAAGACAAAGGCUCAGGUCCCAAUGGUGCUGACUGCUGGUCCCAAGUGGCUACUGGAUGUGACUUGGCAAGGAGUGGAAGACAACAAAAACAACUGCAUUGUGUACAGCAAAGGUAAAUGCAAGAUCCUUUCUCUCUCUCUUUGGAAGUAUUGAAACCUGAGCGUUGCAAAAUAGGGCCAAACGAGCUGUAAUGGGAGUACAAAGUAAAAUUUGAUCCUCUCUCUUCCUUUUUCCCUUAUGAAUCUUUCCAACCUGUAUUUGCAGCAAAGCUAUUGUUUCGUUUCGUUUCAUUUUCUGUGCAACAGAAAACAAAAAAGUAUUACACCAUUAACUACUUAGCACCUCACGCAUUUUCCUAAACUCUAUUUGAGUGGCUUGACUAGUACCUUCCUUGCUGUUAGUUUUUUUGAUAGCCUGGUUUAAUGAAAUCCCAGAUUCCUGUCUCAGGCGUUAUCUAUCAAAAAGUGAAUUCCUUUUGAAAUUGAGCAGUUCGGGUCAAGGUGCAUGCUCCAGGAGGCACUACAUUCCAGCCAGUUUCUUGAAAUCACGCAGGAUGAGAGGACAGCUGAAAAGGUAACCGUUGCACAGACUGAGAUUCCUUCCCCACGGUGAUUUCUGAAGGGCAGGAGGCAAACAGGAAAGAGGAAGCGAUAGCUUGCAGAGCUCUGCCUUUGAUUUGCUCAGUGUGACACAACCUAGACUGCGUCAUAAAGCGACAUCCUGGCAGCAAAGGAGUCGCAGCUCCAUGAUGGUGCUUCAUGGGAUCAGCUCUCCAAAACAUGGGCCCUUCCUCGUGUUUGGUGUGGUUUGGGGGCGCUUUUCUCUUCAUUCAAGUUAUGGGCCCUGGCUCUGUACUCUUACAGUGAAAUCCCUAAUCUCUCUUCUUCGUAAAUAUUGCAAAACCUGUGCUUCUCAUGUUUGAUUUCUUUCAGCUUUCUUUUUUAACCAAAUAGACCUACUGAGAUCAAAGUUUUAUUUGCACAUUGAACCUAGAAACCAUAAAAGCAUACAAGGGAACAAGCAAAUAAGCACCCCUAUCAAUAUAUUAACGUAUAAAACACUAAUCAUAACAUCAAAGACUCUUAAAAACUUGCUAGAAACAAUUACAACUUGUUCCUAUAAUCAUUACAAUUUGUACACUUAUAAGAGGAUUGCCUUUAAACUACUAUAAGCCUUUGAAAGUUGAAACACCGGAAAAAGGGAAUUUGCAAGCUAAAAAAACAAUCUGCACACCAGGAUAUGAUUAUAUUCCUUUUCCUUCUGUAAUUACUGGUCC